CGGGCCGGGCAGAUGACAGCCGUCAGCCGUGACAGCCCUGACUGAACUUGUGUUUCAUCCCGUUCGGCCGAGACAGGAUUCCACAAGCACCAAGUUUAUCGAGCAUUCUCUCGCCUGUGGAGGUUCAAGUGAGGGCGAUCAGAAAUGGCCUCAGUCCUCAAGAUUCCGACCAAGUUCCGGCUUCAAGCGCUAGCCAAAGCUCAAUCGACGGUCUUCCAAACACCUUACAACCCUCGUAAUCUCCGGACGGGCGAUCGAUAUCUGACCAAGAAACUCAAAGGGCCACUCCUACAAACCUAUUACCCACCUAUCAGACCGGUUAACUUCAAACAACUCAAUCACAUCUUUGUACAAACCGCUAAGGCCAAUGGAGUCACCGGAAGGGAUUUGGAAUAUUGGAAACUUCCCGACCUCAGGGAGGAAAAACGGUUAGAACGAGUUGCUUAUAACCGUAAACGUGGAAAAGGACCUCCGAAGAAGGGUGAAGGCCGACGAAGUCAACUCAAGAAACGACGUUAGACAGUGGAAGUCCGAUGUCAGCUUUAAUUCACACCAGUCCUUGAGUCUCUUCCAGUCGCAUACAAACCCUUGAUAACCUGUAUUGAAUGGGACAUCUUGUAACAACAAUAAUAGACUACAACCGGCCCUCACAGGUCAUGAAAUUUAAGAUGUCGAUACGAUAUGACAUCCGCUAAAAGUGAGGCAAAGGUCAAGGCUAGUGACCCG